AAUGCGCUGACAUAUCUGAGCAUUUUUCUCUGAAUACGCCCAACCUAUCUUUUAACUCGCUCUUCUUGAGAAACAAAAAUUUCGAUUACAGGUUUCAGUGUCCGAAAUAUAAAAUGCCUUUUGGUGAAGAAUGGUGGACGACGAAAAUAGCACACGAACUUCAUACUUUUAUAGCAAAGAAUGGCCUUUCAGAUGUUAAGGAGUUCUUCGAAGCAAAAUUGGACCAUUGGAAACACAUCAAGGUAAACAUAGCCAUCACUGGUGAAGCAGGAGCUGGAAAGUCGAGUUUUAUUAACAAAAUACGGGGGUAAGUACUAAUGAAACCAAAUAUAUCUCAAUAAAUCAUUAUAAUAAUAGCAAUGGGACCGACUUCAACUAAUUCAAUAGGUUCAUAUUGUAGCGGCUUAAUUUUAUGUUACAUUCCAGUUAGUGAUAAUGAAACAAAUGGGGCCUGUUGGUCCUUCAUUUUUCUCAUUUACAAACUUAGGGGAUUACUAGAUUCUCUCCAACUAAUAACAGCAUUUCUGGUGAAAAUCUAGAAUCACGUUUUUCUCUAAAGAUAACCAUGAAAGUCCUCUUUUGUAUUUCUGUAUACUUGGUUUCACUUUAACCCGGUAGCUCGCGGAGAGGAUCGACAUUUGGGCAACAGUCUUCUACUUUGAAGUUCAAGCAAUUGCACCAGUUUCAAUUAAUAAAAUGAUGAGAUUAAAACUAGAACUAGAUAAAGUUCACUAAAUUGGAGGAAGUAUGGUUUCUCACUGAGAAAAUUCAUACCGAGAUUAUAAAAUUUGUAUUUGCUCAAAUUAUUUUUCUUCGAUAUUUUAUAUUUAGACUCUUUCGCACUGAGGUGAGAUUUCAAUUACGUUAUUAAAAAAAAAAGACACAGAAUAUUUAUUUUAAAAGAACCAUUAACAACAUUCUCUACGCAAUUUCACUUUCAAAUUAUUUAUGGUAAAUCCUCACAGUAAAGCGAAAAUACGUAACGCAAAACUCGUCCGGUUUUUCCGAGAAAAGUUUCCGGGUUGGCCUCGUCACUUUCGAGUGGAAACUGGAGAGAAGCGACGACCGGAAAUACGUCUGUAUCCGCCGGCAGGCUAACCUAAUCAGCAAGAUCUGUAAGAUUAAUACAAGCGAGGAUUUUAAAAUAAUUGUGCAUUUAUUUUACACUUUCAUGAAAUUCCACACAUGGAACAGCAAUUAGUUAUAUAUACAUGUAGAAUAGGGCAUGCAAAAUGCGUUGCAGGUCAUCCAAGUUUAGAAAACAAAUCACUAAUUCUUGGUUUUCACAUGACGUCACCAAAUUCAAACUAAUAUCGUUUCUUCUGAGUUUCUAUUUUCAUGUGAUAUUAGAGAACCUUAAAACCUUUAUACAAACAAAUUUUCGGUUCAAAAGGGUCUUUGUUUUGCGAUACAGGAGGCUUGAAUUUCCAGGCUUUUGCGUGACGCGGCAUUUGGCUGGCGGCCGGGAAACCUCUUAAGCGGGUUAAAAUCAUUACGGAUUUUGGGAGAUUUUGCUAUCUAAACAUUCCUUGUUUUAGAAUAAAUAUUGCUUUAAUCUUUAUGAGUUCCUUAAGCGAAGAAUUCGCACAUAAGUAGGAAAACUCAAAAACAGAUCGAUGUUUCUGUUGGUUUCCGGCGGCCAUUUUAGUGACCCUGAUAGGGACACAAACAUGGCGUCUCCAUACAAAUCUUUAUAAAUUUGGGUAAAACGUUUUUUCCGAAAAUCUCGCAUAUGAACUAUUGCAUAGACCUGAUUCUUGGCAAGGCUUUUUGUAUAUUUAUCUUCUUUCAUUUCCCAGAUUCUAGACUUUCUGUAUUAAAAGGUUUCCAUUUUUAUUUCUGCUUUCUCACGUGAGUGAAAACCGAAGAAUCACGUGAAUUCACGUGAAUUCUAAGAAUAGCGAGUUGUUUUUUUUUAAUGAGAAAGACGUCGGAAGUUAAAAAAUUCCUUUCUCCUUUCUAAAUCGGCGAAUUCGGCAAAAAGCCUUACAGCUUAUUACUUCGGCGGAGCGCGAAGUAAAGGAUUCGCGACGCUCAGGAAUGUAUCAAAGUUGCCAUUUUUUGACAAGAUUGGGCACGCAAAGUCUGUAGGUUUUCGGUUUUAUUCAGUUCGAGAUAUUUCGAGAUCACUUCGAUUUCUUUGAUCUUUUCUUUAACUUUUUCGAGGAAGAAAGAAUUUUAUUUUGGCUUUCCGGGGUUUGAACCGACUCACCAUAUGCCGUGAUGGCAGACAGUCGGGUUUGAACGGCCUUCCGUCCAAAACGGCGCAAAAAUGGGCAUUACACGAGAAAAGAUUAAGAAUCUUUUAAAAGAAACGAUAGAACCCUUAGAACGAAAGUUAGACAAUCUGAACAACGGGUUUCAAGAGUUAAAACGUUUAGUUGAUUUCGUAAAUGGGAAAUACGAUGAUGUACUUGUACAGUUUUGAAACAAGCUAAUGAGAAGAUUCAAAGACAGGGAACGAGCCUGAGGCAGAUGCGGAAAGUUCUAGACGAUGCAACAAAGCGGGCUCAAGACGCAAUGAAUGGCUUUGAAAACCUGGCGGAAUAUCUAAGGAGAGACUGCCUUGAAAUUUCGGGCGUCCCGCCAAGUGAGAGUUACACAUGUAAUCAGCUUGUAAUGGCGGUUGGGCAAGCUAUCGGCGUACAAGUGAAGGAGGAAGAUAUAGCGACCUCUCACCCAUUGCCAACUUUUAAAGAAGAUGCACCACCAAAGAUAAUAGUCAUGUUCACGAGAAGUAUUUAGAUAGAACUAUGACACCAAAUUGAAGUAUAUGACAAAAUAAUGAGUUUGAAAGUAGACAAGUCGGCAUUAGAUAUUCCAAGAAGAUGCAUAAAAUACGCAGCAAACCAUAUAUAUGAGGCAUUAAGUAUGGUUUUCAAUCAAUCUCUAUUGCAAGGGAUAUUUCCGGAAAAUUUUAAAGUUUCAAAAGUCACACCAAUAGAUAAAGGGGGUGAAGAGAUGGAUCCUUUUAAUUAUCGACCUAUCUCUACACUCUCUGCACUAACCCAAAUUUUCGAAAAAAUCAUUUGUGAACAGCUUGUGAAUUACUUGGAAAAGCAUAAAAUCCUAUACGAGUUCCAAUUUGGCUUUAGAAAGGGACAUACAACCUCACAAGCCAUCGCAGAAAUUGCUGAUAAUUUACGUGAUGCGAUAGAUAACAAUUUGUAUUCCUGUGGCGUGUUUUUGGACUUAAUGGAACGCUAAGGGAUACGCGGCGUGCCUCUCCAACUUUCACAUCUCACAAAUAGACAGCAAUAUGUACAGAUGGGAAAUACAGUUUCGUCAAAGCAAACAAUGACGUGCGGUAUUCCACAAGGGAGUUCCCUAGGCCCAGUAUUAUUUUUAAUCUACAUAAACGAUUUACCAAACUGUUCAAAUGCUCUAACAUUUAGAAUAUUUGCGGACGAUACAAACGUUUUUGCCUCAGCCCGCAACCUGAAAGAUCUUGAUGAAAUAGUAACUCUGAACUUAAAAAAGUGAAAAUAUGGUGUGAUGUAAAUAGAUUGUCAAUUAAUUUCAAUAAAACAAACUUCAUGAUCAUUAAAUCGUCAAAGAAAGAAGAUGCCCAAGUAAAUAUCAAGAUUGAAAGUGCAGAUGGUACAAUAAAUGUGCUGCAAAGGAAGCAAAAAGUAAAAUAUCUAGGUGUCUUGCUUGAUGAAACGAUGUCUUUCAAUCACCAUAUUUCAUACAUCUGUACAAGAAUUGCGCGAAACAAUGUAUUAUAUCUAAGCUGAGACAUUACCUAACUCUUCUAAAAAUGAAACAAAUCUAUUACACCUUAAUAUACCCAUAUAUCUCUUAUGUAAUAUUAGCAUGGGGGAGUGCAUACAAAACACAUAUUGAUAAGAUACAAGCUAAGCAAAAUCAUUCUGCUAGGCUUAUUUUCUUUGCCACCACUUAUGGUGAGCACACAGAAAGUGUACUUCCCCUACUAAAUUUAUUAGACGUUCUUACGUACAUAAUGUUUACCGAUUUCAGAUUCUAAAAUUUACGUACCUCUGGCAUAAAGGCCUCCUGCCAAAGCUGUUCUCAAACUAUUUUCAAUAUGCCAGUAAUGUCCACAAAUACAAUACCAGAUAUGCAUCGAAACAGAAUCUUUACGUAAAAUAAGUGCUAACUAAUACGGGGAAACAGACAAUCGGAUAUGCUGCAUGUACCGUCUGGGACAAAAUUCCCUUAACUCUUAAAGGACUAAACACAUACCAAUUCCAAAAACAAUUGAAACUUUAUUUGCUGUCAGAACAACAUAGUUAACAUAACUUAAGCAUAUACUCUUUCUUUCUUAAUACAAUUUUGUAUUUUAAAACUGCUUCUUUGAUAAUAAAUUCUCUCUCAGUUCUCUAAAACUUUAGAUUCUGGAGAACAGGCUAGAAAAUCUUAGGAUUAUUUCAGCUCCAGGCCUUAUUAAGUACAAAUAAAUAUAUAUAUAUUUUUGCUCUUUCAUAUAUGUAAUUAAUUAAGUGCAAGGCGAAUAAAGGUAUUGUUGUUGUUGUUGUCACCUGUGUGACCCGUCAGAUCAGAGGAGUUGAGGGAUUAGCCGAGUGUGCUACUGCCACCCAGGGUAGUUCGAAAUAUGAAAAAUAGUUAUGAAAUGAUGCACUAGUUUCGGGACAAGAUUGGGCGUGCAAGUUCGUGACUUUUAGGCUUGUUUCGGCUAUUUCACGAAAUGAGACAGGACUACUUCGUGAUACCUUGAGAUCACUUCAAGUGUAGUCUUUAAUUUACUCGAGGAAUAAAUAGAGGAUAUUACGUGGCAACGCAGAGACACGAAAUUUCUCUUCUAGUGUUGAAAAGCAUUUCACGAGUAAGAGCUCCUUUCGAACUGUUUUAUGAUGAAUUUAAAGUUACAAAAGGCAGUGACUUGUGAUAUUUUCGGCACUGGACAAACGAACACUUUAACUCUAUGUUAUAUUUAUUAGGAAAAACUUAUAAACCAGCCCACAGUAGCGCCACUCUCGAGUCACUGAAAUCAACACGCUCGACCAAAUUACUGGAAAAGUUAUUGACGUGAGCCGCACACACAUUCCAUUGAAGGCUUUGAUAGUGUUUGUGCGAAGUUUGAAUUCACCGAUGUGAAAGCAGUAAAUUCCAUUUAAUUCCAACAAGUUGAUGAUUGCAUGCUCUUAAAAAUAACAGAGAACUUGAAAUUAUCCGAAGAAAUGUUUUUGAAGAAAGAAAAAGAAUCCCGGGUUAAGCACUAAUCGGCCUUUGAGCAACUGCGCCCUGUAAUCGCGCCAGUAAAACAAAAUGUUCUAUUUACACGCCCGACACACUCUGGCCAAUGUCUCCUCCGAUUACAAGCACUUGACACCGAACAAUACGAUAUCUUUUCAAAACCUUCUUAUAAUGAUAAACAGUUUAAACAUAGGUUUCGCUGUACGCAACCCUUACGUUCAAAAUAUGCCAUAAUCAUAUUUAUCUACAUCGCAACCACCCUUCCCCCUCAACUGCUACCUGUAAGCCUAAAAAACAUAUCGAACGCACUCUCCUAAGCUCCGAUUACUCCUAGUUCUAUAUCUAUUUUCAUAGAAUCCACAAACUCAUUAGGUGCUAAGUAACUGUUUACUUUACCACAGUUUGUAUAUACAACAUGUGAAUCAUUGAUUAAAGUUGGACGGUCGCAACAUUUUGAUUUUGUGCUUUUUGUUUCUUCUAAUUUUUGUAUUACAAAAUGGACAUUCACUAUAUUCUUUUUUAUGUUCAUCAUUAAUUACUUCACAAUACAUUCUAUAUUAAUAUUAGUAAACAUUAUUUUUUUUAUGUGCGAAAAAUUUAUCAAAAGCAAAGUUUUUUAAUCAGAAAUAAUUGUAUAAAAAUAAUUUAUGGGAAAGUGGAGCGUGGAAACUCAUUACUGCUCAUUUCUGCUGUUUUGCGAAGCGCUACUAUUGCUAUGGUUCCAGUCGGGCGAUCUUCCAUGUUCACGGCAGUCACUACAUAUGUCUCAGGUUCUUUCUGGUCUCUUCGAGCUAACAAUUCUUCCAUCCGUUCCUUUGCUCUUAUUCUAGCUUUCUCAUUUUAUUCCUCCCUAGCAAUUUCUGCCAACUCACGUGACCUUAUCUCUGCUUCCUCCGUGUCUUUACGAAUUUUGAGCUCCAUUCCCAGUGCUUUAUAAUUUAGUAUAAAACAAAGCAAUCAUAGCGGUACACUAAAAGCUAGUCAGGUGGGACUUAGUAGUCUCAGUCCACUCCGAGCGCGAACGGCGCGAUACAAUAACUGAUGGCGUGCUUGUUCCCAAACGUCUUCUCUGCCACACCGUAAGCUUCCUAGAAAUUUCUAAGAACUUCGAUAUAGUUUUCGAGCUCUGUAGAUGCCAACAAUCAAGGAAAUUCCAGGAGGAUGGGGGGGGGCUUGUCUGAAACAAAAUUUGUCCUCCGUCGGGGGCCAUGAUAUGGAUACUUUCAAGAAAUACACAAUUUAUGUUGUAUGUCGAAUUAGCCCUUUGCAGGUUUCCAUUCACGUGGUACAAAACCGGCAUGUUGGGACGCAAAAGUCGCACUGGGGCAAGACCAACAAAGGGCAUACAUGAUUUUACAUGGUAAUUUCCUUCAGCUGUUCCUUUGUUUGUCUUGUUCCAGUGCGACUUUUACAUUCCAAUAUGCCGUUUUGUACCACGUGAAUGGAAACCUGCAAAGGGCCCAUUGUAUGGGAAAAUGCGACAGAGAAAAGAAUCAUUAAUCAACAGGGACGAGAGAAUUGGGACGAUACAAGUCUUAAGAACUUUGAGCAAAGACGCUGGAACACUGUAGGCAACAAUGGAUUUGUUAUAGCCUGAAUUUCAUCCGAUUAUUUCGAGUCAUUAUUACUCCCUCAGUAACGUCUGAAUCGACCGGCUGUUAAUGCCGUCCAGUGACGUCACUACUCCUUGACCUUUGCGUUAAUUCAUGCAAAAAGUAAAACACGAUUUUCAAGUGGCAAACCGAGAAAUGUCGUUUGGAAAUGUCUGCAUGAUACAAAACUGCUAUUUAUCUAUCUUAAUUCAUGUUUAACGUUCAAACUAUCAACUGAAUGCAGUACAACUCUGAACCGGUUGUACUAAAUUCUAUAAUCAAACUCGGUCGCAAUCACGCAAUGAAAUAAACACACACACGGAACACUUAGUUCAAAAACACAAUGAUUUGCAUUAAUUGAAAAGAAGCUAUUUGGUCCUUAACGAAGAAAAAAAACAAGGAGACAAAGAAAGAAAAGCUAAGACAAUCAUUACACUUGACGGUAAAAAUAGCAAGAAGGUCGAAUUAUAACAUUGAUCUCAGAAAACUUCGAGUAAACAAAAUCACCGGCCGCCGAAACCACAAAAGCGGCUCUAAAUGAAAAACCUACCGACUCUCCGCAAUGAUUCUUCAUUCGCAGUUCAAUUUAGCAUUUCAGUUUCGAAGAGAAGGGCAAUUUUGCUGUUUAACAUAAAGAUUAAGCUUACCGAAAUGUUUGAACUAAACGAAACAAGGCCAGGCAUGCGAUCCGCUGAAUAUCAAGCGACAAUCCCGCUAAAAUUUUUCAUAAUUAUACAUAAUUAUGCGAAUGUUUAGGCAAUCAACCAAUCACUAAUCACUACCCGGUGUUUGGGGUAGUGAGUGACGUCACUGGACGGCAUUAACGGCCGGUCGAUUCAGACGUUGUUGAGAGGAGAAAACGACUCGAAGCAAUCGGAUGAAUUUUAGGCUAGAUUUGUUACUGUUUAUCUCACCUUCAAGUUUCAAGUUCAAGUUUAUUUCAGUAUUUUAAAGGAAAAUUUACGGCACUGGGAUAAUCUAGGCGGGUAGAGCAAAACAGAUAGUUUCAAUACACUGAAAGUCUUAAUUAAUAAGGGGAUUGAUUAAUUAAGUUACUAAGAGUUCGAGAGGAAAAAACAUAAUAAUAAUUACAAUGAAUUUGUUUAUAAAGUGGUAGAAAUUCGAUUUUAAGUUAAAACAACGUCUUGGAACGAGAUAAAGGCUAAAGGAUUGUACAGUUCUCGUUUAAAAUGAACCCUCUUGCCCUGAUUUUAAAGGGACUGGUUCACGAUAAUGCGCAUGCGCGCCGUUUGUCUCUUCAGAAUAAAUUUGUUGGGUCAACACUAAAUUCGAAAUCGCCAUUACCGGUACAAUCAUUGAAAAUCCUUCGUUUUAUUCGGACAUCCGUCGCUUUGGCUGGUCUAGUUAUACUUCGGUAGUGGUGAUUAACGUGUGGUUGUGUCGUUUGACUGGUUGCGUUUUAAGAAGACGCAAAAAAUAAUGUUUUGAUCAUGGAGGUUCAGUAAAGCAUCGUGGCCGUCCGGCAACAGGACGUUCUCAAGAGUCUCUGGAGAUAGAGAAGCUUAGCCUUUCGAACUGGUAUGGUUUUAGGAGUAGUGUGUGGCAUACGAAAAGAAUACACGAGACUUGGAAAGUGGUUAAAGGCAGGAGUUCGUUCAACUUUGAUUUGAUUUUUGACUCCGACCUGUAGUUAUACCGCAACAGGCCGCGCGAUCUUUACCGAUCUGGUACACUUGAAAUGUUCCUUGUAUCUUUGCUUUACGAUCGUAUAUGUUUAAGAAUUGAUGUUUUUAAAAUAAAUUAUUGCCUGAAUAUUCUGUUUAUAAUCUAGUUUCUUUAUGUGUGCUACUCGAUAACAUUUGUUUUGCGCAACAUUGACCCGAUGCAACGCGAAUGAAUUUGUUCAUUUGCUGAUAAGCAAUUGAAAUUUAUGCUCAAUUAAGGAUAAUCUUUAUACUCAUACGUUGUGUGUUUUUGUCACCGGCCAGGCGCUAUUUGUAGGUAUUUCUGGGUUUAUAUAAGGCGAACUGAGAGAACAGUAAUAAGAUGUUUGUUUACAAAUUUUGUUUGCCGAUCGGUGACUGUUUUGUUAGCGUGGGUACGACCUCGUAAAAAUACACGUUGGUAAAUGUUUGUUUCAAAGCAAGACAGGGCUGUAAAUCUUAUUCUUAUCGGCUGCAACAUAUAUCUGAGGAGUAGCAAAGAAUAAACUUGAAUUAUGGGGAUAAAUAAAUUCAAACCAAAUGCCCGGAAAUACUCUCGCGUCGCGAACAAUUAAUUUGAAUUUUGUAAAUCUACUUGCGUGCAUCUAACUCGCUUCCGAUUGGUUGAAAAACAAUCACCUACUGUCAGAACUCACACAUGCGCAUUAUCGUGAACCAGUCCCUUUAAUUUCGAGAAAACAGGGGAAAAAGAUUUUUGGCGGCGUAUUACCCGUGAUGAGAUUAUGACAGAUUAUAACACCAAAACUGUCAAUGUUGAUGCAUACCAGAGAAGGCACAACAAUAGUGACACAGCGGGAAAAGGUUUCAAAGUAAAAACUUUCAAGGGUUAAGAGCCCGCACAUCUUUACCGGCGUGAAUCCUUUGAAAACCUUUUUCGUAUUGCACCAGUGAGGAUAACUUUUUUAGGAAUUUUACACAUUAAAAUUUGAACGACGAUAUAGCGGACCAAGAUACUGCACGGUAUAGUUUAUGUUCAGCUGGGGAAAAUUUUUGUAAGUUGAGCAGACAAUUUAUUCAAUACGCACGUAUUCCUGUUGAAUUUGAUGCCCGUUUAUUGAGGAGAUAUGUCUGCUCAAAACUGUAACGAACUUCCGCAGCUGCUGUUAAAUCUUAGGUAUCUGCUUUUAAAAACUCCGUACAUAGGUUUACGCGAUGUCAGAGUAUAAUGUUCAGCUGUUACGGCCAGAUCUGACAGCGGUUUUGGGUAUCAUUUUAUCGCGUCUUUGGUAGAAGCAGGAUUUAAAUACCUUAUGCUGUGUCCUUUGAAUGUCAGUUUAAAACUCAAUCGCUUUGUAAAUGUGACUUGUAGUUUUUAGAUAUCAGAGGGGGUAUCGUAAAGCUCGAUAUUUUUUAAUACCAUAGCAUUUAGGUUUUUUACAUGUAGGUGUUUUUUUUUUUUCAUGUAGUGUCAGCUCGAAGAUAUUAGCUUGUUAGCUGCUCUAAAAUUCGAGUAUAAAUAAAGUUUAUGUUGUUGUUGUUGUUUACCAAUCAAUUGAAUGGCUUCUUUGUGCCACUGCAUAAUGUACGCAGUUAAAUAUACGUGUACAAGCCCUUUUUUUCUUCUUUGGAGGCAUUACCAUUCACUUCCAAAAUCCAGGAAAAAACAGUGAGCACUCUACCUGUAAACCUCGAUUUCUGUCGAAUUGAGUGAUUAGCUUGGUUCAACAGCGGAAUGCGUAUCAGUAUGACUUGUAUCGUCAAGUAUGACAGGACUUGUCAACGAUCAAUUAAAAGAAUUAACAUAGAAAAAAACUUUUGCGCUCUAUAAGUCUGCACAGAGAAAAAAAAAUUUCCUGAAAUUUUUUACAAAGAAAGCUCUUGAUGAGCUCUAUUUAAUCAUCUAAAAACUGCAAAUUUCGAAAAAAUUGAUUUUUUACCCUGGACGAUACCUUAAGAGAAAAGGCGGACUGCUCACAGUCUACUAGAGAUAUACGGCUGCAAAUUCAUAGGUUACCUAAUUUUAAUAUGCUCGUUCAGCUCUUGUUUAUAAAACGUUUCAAAGGCGAACUGUUUCGUGUUUACGGAAAGUUGAUCACGUGAUCAACUAAUGCAAAAGGCCUCUUAAUCGGAAGUAUCUCGUACUCACAAAAGCUGAAUUUGAUGUGUCAGAAACAAUGACAACAUGAUCAAGUAUGUGUUCAAUUACAGUAGGGAACUUAAGCACCAGACAUUCUUGAUUCACAGAAGACCUGGCUGGCCGCGCAGAACUGGAUCGGGGACGCGCUUUGAGUGGCGAAUGCAAAUAAUUAACCAAAACAACGUGAAACUAUCACGAACGCCGACAGAAUAAUUAAGUUGAAAAUGCCUUUCAAAGAUUUGCGUUAAGUUUUGUUUCUUUCUUUAGAAGAAAAGAUGAUUUCAGACGAAGAAUUUAUACUUUUGUAUGACGAAUACUCUUCGAAGAACCCAGAAUUUGAACCUCUGGUUUCAACCUGAGAACUCACGUUUUGAAGUCCGUGACCGCAGCUCAAGAACGUCUUGACAUGCGCAGUGGCUGUAACGCUUCAAAAAUACUUCCGGUUGGCGUCCGUGGUACCAAGAAUGUAUUGUGCUUAAGUUCGCUAAUAUGAUAAUUUCUUUACCGUAUCAACCACAAAUAAACUCAUUAAAUGUAUUAAUGAUUCUAUCACAGACUUAAAGACUAUCAACCAGGAGCAGCCAAGGCUAGUGUUGAAACUGAUUGCACUUAUCAAGCGCUCCAAUAUCCCUACCCAGAGAAUCCCAACAUUAUAUUUUGGGAUUUACCAGGAAUAGGGACCGAUAAUUUCCCUGCAGAGAAGUACGUCGAGGAGGUAGGUCUGAAGAAGUACGACAUGUAUCUCAUCUUCAUGGCGACAAGAAUCCCUGAAGGCAUCUCAACUCUGGUGGAAGCCAUUUCUUCGAGUGAAAAGAAGUUCUUCUUCGUUCGCUCGAAAAUCGAUCUGGAUAUUUCAAACGAAAUUUUCUCAAAUGAACCAGGCUCAAUCAGUAGAGAAGAUGUGCUUGUAAAAGUACGAAAUGACUGCCUAAAAAUACUGGGUAAAAGGAUAGGAUGCAAUGAGCAAGAUAUAUUUCUGAUAAGCAGCAGGGAUGAUGAAAAAGGGGAAUUCAGUGGGCUCGUAAAAGCCAUUCGAGAUGUUUUGCCAACCAAAGAAAAGCGCGAGAGUUUCAUCUUGUCUCUUGGCAUUCUAAAUCGCUUGUCAACUGAAACGUUAAAGAUAAUAGUCGAAGCCCUCGAACAACGAAUAUGGUACGUUGCCGCAGCUUCUGCUGUAGCCGCUCUGCCCCCGAUUCCUGGUGUUUCUGCAGCAGCUGAUAUCGCUAUGAUUGUAAAAGAACUAAAACUUUACAGAUCUAAGCUUGGUCUGCCUGACGAAACAUCAGACACAUUUAAGAUGCUGACCGAUACUACGCAAGCCAAAGUUACAAUUGCCUCGUCAUUUGUGCAAUUAGCCACAAAAAGCGCCGCUUGGUUGGCACCCUAUGCCACAGAGGCGGCCGCAGAGGAAGGGGCUCGUAUUUUUCUCCCUUUUAUUGGUUCAGUAAUUGCCAGCGCAUUGUCAUUCGGUACUACAUAUCUGGCUCUGAAGGACUGCCUGAAAACAAUGGAAGAUGCAGCAUUAGCAGUCCUUAACGAAGCUGCCAAGGAACAUCUCUCAUGAACCUUUCGCUGGUCAUUGCUGUGAAAAUACAUUCAUUUCACUGCAGUAACGACAUUCAUUUUCGUUUUUUUACAAAGUUAUUAACCAUUUUUUUUUUUUGCACUUUUGGUGACGAAUUUCGUAUCUUCAAGAAAAAAGUGACUUGGACCAUCAGAUUCAAAAUGAGAGCGAAAAUCGCGGUAAGGGAACAUUUGUGAAGGGUCUCACUUUGCAGACGGGUUUUCGUCUGUCGGCUGAGUCGGAAAGAUCGACUUUUUGCCUUCCUCAAUUCUAGCUUAUGUCCUUGAAAUAUACCUUUGACUUCACAUUACACCGAAGCAACUCAAAAAUCAACUUGGCGCGUUUUCCACCUUAGGAAUUGGAGACUGCCUAAGUUCUGUUCCGUUCUUCGGCCGUUGUAGUCUGCGAACGGCAGACGUUUCUCCUCGCUCAUAACCGCUGAGAACCGUUUCGCGAGGAGGAACGUCUGCGACUCAGCUACAGAAAUUCCAUACUGAUAAAGUAAAUCAAUGUUUACAAAAUAAAUCCGGUAGUCAUGGGGUUCCAAAUGCAAAUUUGUUCAAUUUUACAUUUCCCCUGGUCGAUUUUGGUAAAGUAUUGUGUUCAUCUGCGAAUGAGCUCCAGAAAAACUCAAAUGCUUCUUCUAGAGAACACUAUAUUCCACAAAUAUUGACUGUUUUGUUAGAGACUCAUCGCGUUUACAUUUGACCUUUGCAGCCUUUUGUCUUUUGUCUGUUAUUCAUAAACAAUAGCUAGAACAAUGAAACUACUCCGUCGACCAAUUAGAGCUUCUGACCGGAUUCCGGACAGAUUUUGCGUCAUCUGUAUGGAAUUUCUGUCGCUGAGUCGCAGACGUUCCUCCUCGCGAAACGUCCCUCAGCGGCGAUGAGCGAGGAGAAACGUCUGCCGUUCGCAGGAUACGGCUGUUGUAGCUUACUAGUGGAUUUUGUAUUUGAACUUGAACGUUUGUUUUCCAUCCAAUCUAACCGCCAGCAAAGAAUUAAAUUAGGAAAGGAAAGAAAGAAAGGAAAAGAAGUCUACGGGAAAGGGAAUUUGUGGUCGGUCACCUAUCCAUUGACCUCGCCCGUCAUGGCUUAACUAGGUAGCCUUGUUCAUCCAGUGUAGAGUCUCCUAUCGUUUAUCUCACGAUAUUAAAAAGUCACGUACAAAUGUUGCGGGACACGUAUUUCUGGUAUAGUGCCAAUGUUUGUAUAAUAUUAAUAUACCAGACAGAAUGGACUUUUAUGUUAUAGUUUGCCAUUAGACUUCAGGGAAUACCAUAGUCGAAUACGGUCAGCGCCCCAGUAGAUUAUGAAGAAUAAGCCGUGGAUAAAAGCCAUUCAGAAACAGCGAAAUAUUUUGAAUGAAUAAUAAUAAAUACACAGACAGUGUAAUUAUGUAGUCAUUUAGAUGUUA